AUGACGGCGCCAGUAUUUGCGUCCAAGAAGCACGGCCUCGUGGCCGUCCUGGUCCUGGCCCUGAUAUGGUCCGGCUUCUUCCUCUUCAGGAAAACGACACUGCUCCAAGAACCCCUAAACAGCCUCAGCAGCAGCAUCAGCAGCAGCCUGCCCCCCGCUUUCAAGCCGUCCUCCUCCUCCAACCCGUCCCCGCGGCCGCUGAUCCUGUACGCGUACAAGGAGUCGGAGAACGCGCGCGCAAACCUCGAGUUCUUCCUGCACCAGGGCCUGCACGCGGCGGCCGACUUUAUCUUCAUCCUCAACGGCGAGACCGACGCGGCGGCGCUGAUCCCGACGGAGCAGCACGCCAACAUCCGCGUCGUGCAGCGGGCCAACACGUGUUUUGAUUUAGGCGCGUUCGGCGAGGUGCUGCGCGAGGGCGACCUGUGGCGGCAGUACUCGCGGUUCAUCACGCUCAACGCGUCGAUCCGGGGCCCGUUCCUGCCGACGUGGAGCGACCAGUGCUGGAGCGACGCGUACCUGGACCGCAUCACGGAGCGCGUCAAGCUCGUCGGCAUGACGGUCAACUGCUGGCCGAGGCCGCACCUGCAGUCGAUGAUCUGGACGACCGACGCCGUGGGCAUGGCGAUCCUCCUGGACCCGCCGGCCAACGCGUCCGAGCCCGACAUGUGGGGCGGGGCGGACGACACGGUCGCCUUCGGCGGGUGCUACGCCGAAUUCCAGCGCGCCAUCCACGCCGAGAUCGGCGCCACGCCCGCGAUUCGCGGUAUGGGUUAUGAGGUCUCGGCCAUGAUGGCCGCGUUCCAGGGCGAGGAGUAUAUUGACGAAUGCGCCGAGCACCCGCACGACGUGCUUUACGACGGCAGGUACUUCGGCACGAAUAUCCACCCCUACGAGACUAUCUUCAUCAAGGCGAAUCGCAAUAUCGAUCCUGCGGCGCUGGAGCUGCUGACAGGCGUGCAUAAGAGGCCUAAGUAUGAGGGCAGGAGCUGGGACUUGUGUAAGUGA